CUGUGGCCACUCCUAGAACUAGAAUCUGUAUGGGGCGUGGUCGUGCCCUCUAGCCAUUUCCCAAAUAGGAGGCCGAACCGCGUGCCACUAUUUUGGGGCGGGGCUUACCGGGAAUGUGACCAACCCCAGUGCUAGGAUCUUAGCUGGCCAACAUCUAGGACUAACCUGCGGCUGCUCCAAGCACCAGAUCAAGGUGUGCGCUUGGCGAGGGGCCGUGGGAGAACCAAACACAUAACCUGAAAGGGCCUUGAUCACUUAGAGGUUGCAGAGUGUUUAAGAGGCGCAGUCUUUCUUUUGGGACUGCAGGUUCCUGUGAGCGUGGGCAUGCUUGUUGUUCCGCGAAGUGUGGACCAAUCCUGGUGUUAACUUCCUAGGAGGGCGGGGCUUAUCGAGAAGGUGUGACCAAUCCUAUUGCCAGAGCCUGGGCGAAGCGAGCCGCCGAAGGACACGGCCGACUGGGGGAUGUGGCCUGUCGUCAAGAUCUUAAUCAAUCUUGGAGUUAGGCCGGCCUUAGGGGCGGAGUUCCAAGGUGCUGGAACCAGUGAGGGUGUUCCGGUUUGAGCAACGCAAACCCCUAGCACUAGGGGCGUGGCCUAGGGGUGGACUGUGGUCAAUCCAGCAGACCUCGAGGGGCGUGGUCGCCGGGGGCGGGGCCUUGUCAGUUGCGGGCCGCCCUGGGUGGGGCGUGGCAGGGCCUGGACCUCAGCGGGGGCCAUGUCCACGCCGCCCGCGCUACAGAUCCGGGAGGCGAACGCGCACCUGGCGGCUGUGCACCGGCGCGCCGCGGAGCUCGAGGCACGGCUGGACGCGGCGGAGCGUACGGUCCGCGCCCAGGCCGAGCGCCUGGCCCGCCACGACCAGCAGUUGGACGAGCUGGGCCGCGCCAAGGACAGGGAGAUUUCGGCUCUCCAGGAGCAGCUCCUGACCUCUGAGGCCAUGAUCCACAGCCUUCAGGCUGCUGUGCGCCAGAGGGACGAGCUCAUCGUGCAGCUGCAGCCCCGGGCUGACCUGCUUCGUGACAUCUGUCGUUCGAGGCCACCCUUGGCUGCACUGCUGGCUGCCCUGACUGAGGCUGAGCGUCUGGGCCCCUUGCCAGCCAGUGACCCGGACCACUUGCUCCCCGAUGGGCCUGGCCCACCCCUUGUCAACGACACUGAGGAGGAGGGAGACCAGAAACACCUCCAGCCUUCGGUGAUAGGGACCACUGUGUGAGCCCUGGAGCCCAGAUUUCAGAAUGAUGCAGAAGGCCCCUUCUGGCAUCUUAGGGGGUCACUAUUGUCAUGGAGAGGACCCUGGGGGCAGGGCCAAGCUUGAAAACAAGCAAAAGUUCAAGUUUAAAUUUUUAAAAUUUUUUGCAGUUCUGGAGAUCGAAAGGUCAAGUUUUUACAUGGGCCCACAGUUAAAUAUAGUUUAGCCCCCAAAGUUAAAAACCAACCAACCAACCAACCACAGAUCACCGGUGGCUCAUGCCUGUAAUCCCA